UGUAUGAGGAAGUGUUGUAAAUAAACUAUUAUGGAUCCUCUGCUUAUUGUCAUUCUUACGAUAGGAUUAUUCCAAAGAGGUGGGCUAUGCUUGCCAGCAAAAGAUGAUUCCCAAACGCAGCUAAUAGUCCUUCAAAAUGAAGAUAUGGAACCUACUGUAUUGGACUGUGACUAUAAUAUCAAAGAUACAGAUUCGUUUCUUACCGUGAAGUGGUUCAGAAAUGACAAAACUAUAUAUCAGUGGAUUCGUGGAACUCAUCCUGCGCCCAUUCCUGAAUUUAAAAAUGAUAUUGACAGUUCCUAUGAAAGCUCUACGGAUCCCAACAAACAGUACAGCUCAUUGGCUUUAAUUAAUCCAACAAUACACACUACCGGAGACUACAAGUGUGUAGUUCAGACGAGAUCGGAGACGUUUACUAGUCAUCAAAAAGUGCAGGUCAUCGAUGUGAGGAACUAUACGCUGUAUCUGAAUCAGAACAAAAUUCAAAAUGAAACUCAGCUGGAAUGCGUGGUAUCCAACGUUUUUCCGAAGCCUACCAUAACUAUCAUAUCGGAAGAUGAUGAUGUUGUUAAAAAAGAGCCCAGAGCUCCAGAGGAAAACGAAGAAGGAUACUUUAAUGCGACCACGGUUGUUGCAGUAUAUGAUACUGAUGAUGAUGUGGAUUCUUAUCAGUGUGUAGUCUCUUUUGAAGGCUAUUCCAAAAAUUUAACCGCAUUCGCAACAUCCGGAUCUGGUGGAGGCCAUAUCGAUUUUAGAAUGUGGUUAUUUUGUGUUAUGUACUUUUUCCUUUCGAAAUUGAAAGUCUUAAUUUAAAUAAAAAAAAAUUGUUGAUAUUUGUUGUUACUAAAACUAUGUUUAUUGAAUUCUAUUGCCAUGCAACUAUCUUUUGUGUGCCUUUUUGGCUUCCCAUUUGAUUUUGUAAAUAAAGAUAUCCUAACCUGAAA